AUGUCGAAAAAUAAAAAACGAAAGAGUCAAUCGACAUCAUCAUCAUCUAACAAGAAACCAUCAACAUCACACUCUAUGUCAUUGAAAAACCGUACUUCAUCAAAAAAUACUACGGGAUCUAUCAAUGGUGCGAAAAUUCGUUCACAAUCCACUGUUAAACGAUUACAAAUGUAUCGUGGUGGUAAACCAAAACGGGAUCCAUCAGGCAGAAUCGUUAAAAAAGCACUCUAUCAAGAAAUUCUUCCGUCGGGUACUCAAGCACGUGUUGCACCUAAUCGUCAAUGGUUUAAUAAUAGUCGUGUUGUUACACAAAAUUCAUUACAAAAAUUUCAAGAAGCUUUAUCAAAAACAAUGGCUGAUCCAUAUCAAGUUGUUAUGAAACAAACUCAAUUACCAGUUACAUUAUUAAAUGAAAAGGCUAAACAAAAACGUGUUCAUAUACUUGAUGUAGAACCAUAUGAAACAAUAUUUGGACCUAAAGCACAACGAAAACGGCCAUCGAACAUUCCUGGUGGCGAAGAUAUCGAAGCACUAAUGACUCAUGUUGAACAGAAACAAAGUGAAUAUGAUCAAGAAAAAGAUCUUGAUUUAAUGCGAGAAGACGAUGGAGUUAAACCAGAAACGAUUAAUCCUCUAUUUAAAGCUGGACAAAGUAAACGUAUUUGGAAUGAACUUUAUAAAGUUAUUGAUUCUUCUGAUGUUGUCAUUCAAGUUCUUGAUGCACGAAAUCCUGAGGGUACACGGUGUCGUCAAGUUGAAGCAUAUUUAAAAAAAGAAAAAGCUCAUAAGCAAUUAAUUUUUGUGUUAAAUAAAUGUGAUUUGGUUCCAAUAUGGGUUACGCAACGAUGGGUAGCUAUACUUUCGCGUUGUCAUCCCACACUUGCAUUUCAUGCUAAUAUGACAAAAUCAUUUGGUAAACAAGCACUAAUACAAUUAUUACGACAAUUCUCUCGUUUACAUCAAGAUAAAAAACAAAUUUCAGUUGGCUUCAUAGGGUAUCCAAAUGUUGGUAAAUCAUCUGUGAUUAAUACACUACGAUCAGAGAAAGUGUGCAAGGUGGCGCCUAUUGCUGGUGAAACUAAAGUUUGGCAAUAUAUAACAUUAAUGAAACGCAUAUUUCUUAUUGAUUGUCCUGGUAUUGUUUAUCCAGCUGAUGAUUCUGAAACAGACAUCGUUCUUAAAGGUGUUGUUCGUAUUGAAAAUGUUCCACAACCAGAACAAUAUAUCGAUGACUUAUUAAAACGAGUUAAACAUGAAUAUAUACUUAAAACAUAUUCAAUUGAUGAAUUUUCAACAACUGAAGAAUUUCUAGAAAAACUAGCAAGAAAAAUGGGGAAAUUAUUAAAAGGUGCCGAACCUGAUUUACCCACAGUUGCAAAAAUAGUUUUAAAUGAUUUCCAACGUGGUAAACUACCACAUUAUAUAACACCACCAGAAGAUCCAAAUAGACAAGACAAUGAUGAAACGAAAUCUGAAAAAGAGCCUAUGGAACAACAACAACAACAAGAAGAAGAAAAUAAAGAAGAACUAGAAGAAAAAACGGUGAAAUCAAAACCCAAAAGAGAAACAAACAAACGCAAAAAAACAGGCAGCAAUUUUUAUGAAACUCAUAAUGCUAAAAAUCGCCCAGGAAAACGGCAACAUGAUGAAUCUUUAAAUGGCGAUAUUGAUGAUAGAAAUGGCGGAAAUCAGAAGAAGAAAAUGAAAAAAAGAUAA